CAAUGGUGCUUUGCAUCGGUCCCGAAGGUUCCGGCAAAAGCCUGCUGUUAAAAAAGCUCCAAAGCCCCAACUAUGUGGAUAAUACCACCACAUCGGUACCCACCGUUGGCACCAACAUUCUUAGUCUGAGGGUGGCCGACAAGCUGUACACAAUCCGGGAAGUGGGAGGUACUUUAGCGCCCAUGUGGCCCAACUACUUUGUUAAUGUGGGCAAAGUCAUGUAUGUUGUGGAUGCGUCCAAUUUGUGCCAGAUUUCCGCGGCUGGAGUUCUGCUUUAUACGGUCCUGGUAAACCCGCUGCUCAGAAAAGCUAAGUUUCUUCUAGUUUUGACCAAAAUGGACCACAGCUAUCGGCAGAUGAGGAACGAGGCCCUCUUGAUGCUGCAAAUGAAGCGCCUGCAGCAGGAGAUUCCUCAACAUGUCACCAUAGUGGAGGCUAGCGCGAUUAGCGGCCAAGGGCGUGAUGCUAUUUUGAGGUGGAUUACCGAUGGCUGAAGGACUUUACUGAUAUGUCGGAGGGGGGUUUGGUUUGAGCAAUAAAUUGGUUCGAAACCUUGA